GCCGUUUUUCUUCCUGUUUUGUACUUCAACGGCUCGUUGAGCUUCAUAUGUUAGUGCUGUCAGCUCGUUAUUUCGUUAGUUAUGGCGAAUUGACUUGACGAUGAGACUCCAGUCGGCGCUCCUGCUACUCUCCGGCUUGUUUGCUGUCAAAGUCCAGUGUGUUCAAGAACCUGAGAUAUGUCCUCGGAAAGAAACUCCUCCUGGUGUUCUGGCUCUGACCAUGGGUAGCGAGGUCAUCCUGGGCUGCGCUGGCGACGUUACUGUGGACGGCGUGCCUUUAGAGAUGGGUACAAAGCAGAAGGAGAGACUCAGGAGGAGAGGAGCCACAACUGGCCUUUGGACGUCCCAAAGGGAGGGAGAUAAUACCGGUACUACUGGAACAUACCAUUCUACCAUCAGGAACAGUGCCGUAACUGGCAUGUACCAAAACAAGAGUGCCACUGGAACAUUUGCUGAAACCAAAGGGGAACCUGUAACUACUGUUAAAACUCCUACGAUCACGACGGAGGAGCAGACGAGGAACAGGCGUGACUCUGCCGUCAGUCAGUCCACCCAGUCAAACAGAGUGGGCGGAGUUGCAGAAGAAGGAGGAGCUUUCAGUGUAACUGUGGAAAUGGGGAUGAGCUCUGAGAGGGGUACGAGCACGGAGUAUGAGGACUAUGAGGACUAUGAGGACAAUGAGGAGGGGCUGCGGGUGACCAGAGCCAUUAAAAGAAAGACACACUGGACUCGGAACGGCCAGAAAGUGAGGGGUGUGAAAAGAGGAGGGGUUUUGAGACUGCCCGCCCUCCAACCGACCGACUCAGGAAACUACAGCUGCUACAGAGGAGGCCACCUCAUUUCAACUGUUCAGAUCAGUGUGGGAGUUCCCCCAGAGGCGCCCACCCUGUCCUGCCGCAAGAAAUUCCACACUAGCAAAUUGCGCUGCGAGUGGAUAUCCAGAAAGCCUAUAAUUCCCCGCCCUGUGUGUUACCUGCUCAUAAAGACAGGGUUGCAAGAUUUCUCUCGUGUUCAUUGCUCAUACUCUGCUGAGCGAUCUCGUUGUUGGUGCGCUCUGUCCACUGACGAGGGCGACAAAGACACCUACAUAGCCAAACUGUGUGUGACCAACACAGCGGGCAACGCCACCAGUCAACCCCACCCUUUCACACUACAGAACAUCAUCAAACCAGACCCUCCUGCCAAAGUGGUGGUGAAAUCUGCCGAAGGUCGGCCUCACACUCUGGGCAUUUUAUGGUCAUAUCCUGCCACCUGGAAACGGGGCUAUUACUCUCUCCAGUUCCAGCUCAGAUAUCGGCCUUCACUGGCCAAAGAUUACCAGUAUGUGGAGAUAGACGUUGAGCAUGAGGAGCUUGCGUGGUGGAUUAUGGAUGCUCUGCCACACAUUCAGUAUGAAGUGCAGCUUCGAGCCAAAGAUGAAUUUGAUGGUGUCUGGAGUGAAUGGACCCAUCCUGUGUAUGGACACACCUGGACAGCUCCCAAGCCCACCGUUGUUUCUGACAUCGAUGCUACUCUGGAACCCUUCUGGACGUUUCCUGAAGGAUCUGGAUCUGAGGUUGAUUCAAAAGAGGAGGCAGCUGAUGGCAUUGAUGUAACGUGGGUGUAUGUGCUGUGGGCGUUUGGGCUGUGUCUCCUCGUCACCAUCAUCAUGCUCUUUGCCUACUUUCUCAGGCACAGAUUGCGGUUCAUGUCUAAAAUGGACAAGCAGCGUUACUCUCCUCCCUGCUCGUGCUCGUCGCCUCCCCCAGCCCCCCUCCAUCAGCCCCUCAUGGCUCCUCGUCAGCAAAGCCAGCAUCACUUUGUGCCUGUAGCGGAAGAGGAAGGGAAAGGCAUUAAUUUACAUAACUUUGAUUAUUUUUACUCUCAUGGGGACUGAAAUGGACUUGAAAGGUCAGAGACUUUAGCAGACAAGCUGAUCACAAUGCUGUAUCAAAGGCCAGUAUUCAUUUAACAACUGGCCCUCCCAUAUUCUUUCUUCAUUUCCCCCUUCUAUCUCCAUCUCUCUCUCUCUCUCUCUCCCUCUCUCUCUCAGGGCCAGUAUAACUGCCUCAGAUCAGCCAUGCUGCCAGCAAGAGGAGGAAAUUCCAUGUUGUGUUCUACGUAUCACUGUUGUCGGAACAAAACCUCGUAUCUCAAUUUUUGACGUUUUUGACAUAAAAUACCUUUUACCCUUUACAUUGUUUGUAAAUUUCAUGGUAAAUGGACUAAAAGAAAUGACCUCAAAUGACUUUGAAAAAAGUCUGGUUCCAUUGACUUACAUUUAAAGUAAAGUAGGUUUUUUCCUUCUCCUGUAAAGUCACCAUUUUGGAGAUAUGAGGUUUUGUUCCGACAACAGAGAUAAUCAUGUUAUCACUGAGUGUGUUUCCAUGCACUUAAUAAUCCGAUACCUACAGAAAAUCAGAUUUUGUCAAUAAUUUGUUCAAUGCAUUUAAUGGGAAAACACCAGAUCUUAAUGAGUCGGGCAGUAAGCAGAUUUCUGCUUUGCAACCGGCCAGUAAGCUAAACAUAACAAAAUUCGAACUUCAUGCCAUGCAAGAGGAAGAAUUUUCAGAUUUAGUAAACACAAAGCAUGAAUUAAACCACAGAGCGGUUCUUUUUGGUGCUUAGCUGGGCAGCCGUGGUCGUCAGACUGAAGGCUCGGUCAUCUCUGUAAGCUACGAGAAUUUGCAUGUUGUUCACGUGAUCGCCUGCUUCGCAACUCUUUAGGGAGACUUCAUUCAUUUGAACUGUUUUACUGUUGUUCUUUUAUAUUGUUUGUAUAUAUGAAGUAGUGCUCAUUCUACUUUAUUUAGGCUGGUCAUUCAUUUGCAAGAUUUCUCUUCAUGUGUGCUUCGGCCUGCUCUCGCCUGCAGUGGGCUGGUUUCCCGCCCGCUCCCGCGUGCAACACUGAACAUUAGUCCCACGCCGCAAGAUACUGUGGUGGGUCUUACGGGAAUCUGUGAGAGUGCAGACCUCUAGGAUAAGGCAUGCAAGUCUGGAACUGCUGGCAGUUACAUGCUGUUUAAAAAGGCUGUAAAAAUCCAAUUAUUUUGUUAUAUUAAUAUUUGUACAAUUUUAAGGAGGAACAAGAGGAAAAUUAAACAGUUGGCAAAAACAGUAUAAAGAUGCUGUAAUUGGCUGACAUCCAGUCGGCUGCUUGUUACUGUGCAGUUUAUGUUGUUACUACACUGGUUGUUGUUGUUUAAUGCUUAUAACUGCCAAAGACGCAACGCUGCUCAAAAAACAACAUGGAAUUUUAAUCCCGUCUGCAGGGCAGCUGGUUUUGAUAGGGUUAAUACUGUAUGUGGUCUUCAGCUGCCAUACUGAACUACUAUACUAUGCAAAACUGGCUACAAACACCAGUUGUCUCUUGUACAUAUGCAGGCAUUUCCUUCCCAGCAUAAGCUUAAAAAGAUUUUGUACAUAAUCUGUACUACUGAACGUUUGUGUUUUGUGUGUUCAUUUUAAUAAAGAAUGUUUUAUUUUUAAA